GCGCACACACACACACACACACACACACACACAAAUAGCUCCCCUUGGCCGGCCCAGGCCAGUAAUGAGGUCUCUCACUCGCCGCCGCCCGCCCGCCCAGGAGGGACAGAAGGACCAGGAACCAGCAUGUCGGACCAGUCGGGCUUCGACACGGACGUGUGGACCCUGACCCGGUUCGUCAUCGAGACCGGCCGCCAGGCCAAGGGGGCGACCGGCGAGCUCACCCAGCUCAUCAACGCCAUCCUGACCGCCGUCAAAGCCAUUUCUUCCGCGGUGCGCAAGGCCGGCCUCAACCACCUGCAGGGCCUGGCGGGCUCCGUGAACGUGACGGGGGACGACGUGAAGAAGCUGGACGUGCUGUCCAACGACCUGGUCAUCAACAUGCUGCGGGCGUCCUACAGCACCUGCUGCAUGGUGUCGGAGGAGAACCGGGAGCUCAUCGUCACGCCCAGGGACAAGAGGGGGAAGUACGUGGUGUGUUUUGACCCUCUGGACGGAUCCAGUAACAUCGACUGCUUGGCUUCCAUCGGCACCAUAUUUGCCAUCUACAAACGGGUGUCGGAGGGGGAGCCCACAGAGAAAGAUGCCCUGCAGCCCGGAAACCACAUGGUGUGUGCGGGCUACGCGCUGUACGGCAGCGCCACCCUGGUGGCCCUCAGCACCGGGGCCGGCCUCAACUUCUUCAUGCUGGACCCCGCCAUCGGCGAGUUCAUCCUGACGGAGAAGAACGUGAAGAUCAAGCCCAGGGGGAAGAUCUACAGUCUCAACGAGGGCUACGCCAAGUACUUCCACCCCUCCGUCAACGAGUACCUCAAGCACAAGAAGUACCCGGAGGACGGCAGCGCUCCCUACGGAGCUCGCUACGUGGGCUCUAUGGUCUCGGAUGUUCACCGCACCAUCGCCUACGGAGGGAUCUUCAUGUACCCCGCCAACGAGAAGAGCCCCCAGGGAAAGCUGCGGCUGUUGUACGAGUGCAACCCCAUCGCCUUCCUCAUCGAGCAGGCGGGAGGCGUGGCCACCACCGGCACCCAGAGGGUGCUGGACGUCCAGCCCGAGACCCUCCACCAGCGGGUGCCCUUCGUGGUCGGCUCUCCCGAGGACGUCAACGAGUACCUGACCUUCGUCGAGAAGUACCCGUAGUUCACGGUUCCCAUGGGAACUGUGUUUAGAUCAUUGUUAAAAUGUUUUGAAUAUAAAUAUAAAAUACAACUGUAUUUUGCUACGGUUGUAGAAAAAUGACAAAUAUUUGCUUAAUUGUACUAAAUUAGCAUCGUGACAUGUUUCAAUAUGUGACCUUCUGCAGCUUUCCUUACAUUUGAGCUUGAGGACGUUUAAAAGUCAUUAAACGAAACAUUUAAAACCACACGAUGACGGAUUAAAAAAAAUUAAAAAAAAUGAAAGUUAACUGUUUCUUAGUUUGUGCAAAAUCCUGAAAUUGACCUGUUGAUAAAAGUUUUUACGCUUUCA